AUGUCGGCCUUCUCGACACUUUUGGCUUUGUUAUACGAGGAAUUUAACAAGUCUGAAUUUGAAAUAGCACAGAGGAAAGCUCGCCUAAAUGGCGAUGCAUCGGCAUUAUUAAGCAAAGAUCAUUUUGAUUCCAUUUUUUGUGAAGCGGCACUGGAUGAUUUCCGCUCAUAUGCAACCGGUUACUUUGAAGUAAUGGCAAAAAGUGGGAUACAGAGAAGAUUCGAUGAAAAAAUUGAUGAUGCGAAGCAAACUUUGGGAUAUCACACUGUUUAUAUUGAUCAUGAAGAUCUUGUGGAUGAAGGUAUUUCCAGAAGUAUACAAACUGAUUUUUUUCAAAACUCGCAAGUCUUUAGGGUCAAGAUUAAAGAGCUUAAAGAUGCAGGGGUGUCGAUUGAGGAAGAUAAUAAGAAACAUGUACUUUUAAAGAUUUUCGAUCCUCAGAAGUACAUGAUUAAUAUGGAAUCACGCACGGAGCCUGAAGAAGUCAUCCAAAAAAUGGUAAGUCACUUCAGAAAUGAAUACAUCAGUUAUAAACUGAUCGACUUGCACAACCAAAAAAAUCAGCAUGAACAAAUCAGUAAAUUGAAGAUAUACGCAUUUGCUUUUUUCAGAGUCUACUUUAAGCAAAAUAAUAAACUAGAGGACCCACAUAGGUUGGAAAACUACAUUGCUGUCGGUCCUGUUUUUCUUGCUGAAGAACUAACCACAAAACCCAAAACUAUUGAAGAUUUUGUGGAAGGUGCUAAACAAUUACUACAUAUGCACAAUAGUGGUGUAUAUCAUAACGAUAUCAAAUUAUCUAACGUAUUCAUGAGAAAAACAAAGCAUAAGAACAAUUUUGUCUUCAUUGAUUACGGCUUAAGCGAAAUCAAGUGUGUUCCAAAAGAAAAGAAAAGCCCAAAAAGUUCGGGGGGUAUAGAUUGGUGUGAUUUCGAAACUCUUGCGGAAUCGAUGGGAAUUGAGAAAGCAGAAUGGGAAAGAGCAUUGUUUUCUAACGUAUGA